CUUUUUCAAUAACCAAAUACAAAUUAGAAAUUGAUGGUGGAUCAAUAAUUUUCCCUGAUAUUUUUUCAUGGAUAAUAAUGAUUGUUCCAAUAACCUUGCCAGCUAUGUUGGCACGAGUGAUAUACGCUACAAUCGGAACAUCACUAAUUUUGAAUCCUUUAUUAAUCAUAUUACAGAAUAAGCUUCGUAAUAUUCAAGCUCCAAAAAUAACGAUAUUUCCAAAACUUUCAUUAUAUCUCAUUACAUAUUUAUUAAUGCUUUUGUCACGCCCUCACAAUUUAUUCUUAUACAUAUUAUUCUUCAUUCAAUAUUACCUAUUAUCCCAAUGGAUCCAUACUUCAAUCACUUAUGGAAUUGAAAUAUCACCAAUAACAUUUAAUUUUAUACUAAUAUGUUUAAAAUUUGUGUCAUUUUUCGCAUUUGGAAAUUCCAAUAGUUUGGCAACCACAGAUAUAAGUAAUUCAUAUAUAGGCGUAACAAAAUAUAACCCGUUAUGGGUUGGAAUGUUGACUUUUUUAGCUAAUUGGGCGGGUCCUAUUUGGUGGGUGUUUGCCGGGAAUUUGUUAAGAUUUGAAAUAGUUGAAAGGAGAGUUUUUAUAAACCAAUCCAAAAAUCAGAAUGGUGAUGAUGAUGAAGGAAAUGGCAAGAAUACGAUUAAUAAUCCUAAUUCAGAAACUUCUCAAAUUACCAGAUCUAAUAUAUCAUCGGCAAUAUCAGCAUCCACAAUCGCCACCAAACAAGAACUUAAACGACUUCAAUACCAUACAUCACUAUUUCAAGUUACGACAUUUCAUUCACUAGUAUUAUUUAUAAUAUCGAUUGCAGUUACGAUAUUGCGAAGUCAUUUAUUUAUAUGGACAGUGUUUUCUCCAAAGUAUUUAUAUCAAAUUGUGUGGUAUACUCUGUAUUUAGUAGGAGUAGAGAUUAUAGUAGGUGGAGUUAUGUGGAUUGUGGGGUUGAAUGUUUUGACGAGAGAAUAA